GAAGGGAAGCCCCGAGUCCUCCUGGGUAGACGGUGAAGCAGUGGCCACUUCCGCCGUGAAGAGGCCUCGCCAGCAGUAAAAAUGGCGGAGUCGGUGCUCGAAGUUGUAGGGAAGCUGCAGUCGCGGCUCACGGGCAGUUCGGAGCCCAAGAAGCUGAUGAAGAGUUUGAAGCGGCUUUCAGAGUUGCCUAUUACGGUUGAUAUCCUUCUGGAGACUGGUGUGGGGAAAACUGUGAACGGUUUACGGAAACAUGAACAGGUUGGAGACUUUGCCAAGAACUUGGUGGCGAGGUGGAAAAAGCUUGUGCCGGUCCCACAGGAAGCUGAACGGCAUAACCUUGAACCCGUAGAGCGCAGUUAUGACCGAAGCAUCUCUAGGAAACGGCAGCGAGAGCCUUCCCCCAAAGAGGACGAUGAGGUCGAUCUAGACUACGCAGAAGCGUACCAGCCUUCUUGCAGCCAGUCGUACGAACCAGACUACGGGGCAAAGAAGCCCAGGAAAUACUCUGAGCCCGAGAGAACCCAUCAAGCUGUGAGCUAUGGCAUUCCACAGGACAGAACGUGGGGCAGAGACUCCCCAGUGCUCUCCUCUGACCAAGAGUGCUCCGACUAUGGGCAUGCGGCCUCGCCCGAGCCAAGCGAGAGCCCUCAGGAACUGUACAUGGACCUCUGUCGAGCUGAGGAACAGGAGAGGGAGCCGAAGUCCCUUAACCGGAAGGCCAAUAAAGGCCACGGCUUUCAGGACAGGCCAGAGGGUAGCCACAGCAGAAACUUUGGUGACGCCCAGGACAAAGUCAGCUCCGGUCGGGGCAAAGAGCACAAAUCUCACAAGGAGAAGCUGCGGCCGGAUACCAAGGCGGAGGAGAGAGGGCCUACAUUUAGCCCGGAAAGGCUGCUGCCAAAGGGCUCCUCCAAAGAGCCCCUCCGAGACUCUUCCUUGGCGGGGGGCAACAAGGAAAGGCUGAAGCUCUUGGAGGGCGCCAAGCGGGAAAAGAAAAGGGAACGCGGGAGCGCCAAGAAGGAGAAGCUGCACGCUGACUUGGAGGAGGCGUUGGACAACCACACGAGGAAGCAGAAGCACCAGGACUCUGAGAGGGUCAAACCGGAGAAGGCGAAGCUCAGUGGCAUGGAGGCUUCUCCCGGAGAUCGGGAGAAACGCAAGCCGGAGGGUGACCCCUCCAACAAGAGCAAGGAGAAGAAGGCUUCUGGCAGCUCCAAGAACCCCGAGGGCAAAGCCAAAGCCUCCGAGUCGAGCAGAAGAGCCGCCGGCUUCUCUCCUCCAAGCGCUGGGGAGGUGGAAGUGGACGAUGAGUACGAGAAGCCGAAGAUGUCCUUCGAGUCCUACCUGAGCUACGACCAGCCGCAGAAGAAGAAGAAGAAGGUAGUGAAGCCCUUGCCUCCCGUCCCGGAGAAAGACAAAGGGCACGGCAAGCAGAACGGUUCCAAGUCCAGUGCCAAGGGCUCCGACACGAGCCGGAAGGCCCACAAGCAGGCCAGGGAGAAGAAGCAGCUGGGGGCCAGCAAAGCGAAAAAGGUGCUCAUCGACGUGGUGCCAACACUUCCUGACAUCCCCUUGCCUCCAAUCCAGGCCAACUACCGCCCCCUUCCUACGUUCGAACCGAUCCCCCUGCUCCAGCCAAAAAGGAAAGUACUGUCCUCCCCCAUAGAGGAAGACGAGGCUGGCUUCACGGGGCGCAGGCUGAAUUCCAAGAUGCAGGUAUACUCGGGCUCAAAGACUGCCUACCUCCCAAAGAUGAUGUCUCUGUAUGAGCAAUGCAUCAGGGUACUGAGCAAUAAUAUUGACUCCAUCUAUGAAGUGGGUGGCGUCCCUUUUUCUGUACUGGAGCCUGUCUUGGAGCGAUGCACCCCGGAGCAGCUGUACCGCAUUGAGGAGUGUAAUCACGUUUUAAUCGAGGACACCGAUCAGUUGUGGCGCAAUCACUGCAUUCGUGACUUCAAGAAGGAGAAGCCUGAGGAGUUUGAGUCGUGGAGGGAGAUGUACUUGCGCUUGCAUGAAGCCCGAGAGCAGCGGCUGCUCAUGCUCACCAAAAACAUCCAAUCAGCUCAUGCCAAUAAACCCAAGGGCAGAGUAGCCAAGAUGGCUUUUGUCCAUUCAGUGGCCAAGCCACCUCGGGAUGUGCGGAGAAGGCAAGAGAAAUUUGGGACUGGAGGAACUGCAGCCCCGGAGAAGAUCAAGAUUAAGCCAGUGUACUUCAUGCCAGUGAAAAGCAGCACCGUUCAUGCAGAAGAGGAACAGUCGUACGAUGGACCCAGCACUAGCAGCGGCCACUCGGGUCCGUCCGCGGGCAGCGCCUUCUCUGUGAGCUACGACCCAAGGAAACCCCCUGUGAAGAAAAUUGCACCGAUGAUGGCAAAGACGAUUAAAGCAUUCAAAAACCGAUUUUCUCGGAGAUAAAGACGCCCACACGCAAGCGAGAAGGGAAUUCUUCUCCUCUUUUCAUGGAAGCAGUGCUUAACCGGAAAACAGGGAGGGUUUGGGGGUGGCCAAGAAUCCCCCCAAGCCCCACUUUUAAGACCAACAGCACAGUAUUGUUCAAAGCAGCCCUCUGAUUCCUUCCUCUGCUCCCAUAACCUGGUCCGUUUGUCUGGCGUUUUUAAACUGUGAAGUCUUGGCACUUGCUGAGAUAAGAAGGUCCACAGACUGUUGCUCUUUCUUCAGACUCUUUCUCUGAACUCCGGAAUGGAAAGGAAUACCUUCUUCCUCUACCUACAGUGUUCUUUUCUCAGUCCCAAUGUGUAAGGAUCCAGAUCUCUCCCAGCAUCCAGUUUGGAGGGUUCUUUUUUUUUUUGCAGAUAAUGUAAAGAGAGGCCUUUAGUUGGAACUCUAGCUUCUGCUGCUGCUUUUCAAGCCCUAUUUGGAAUCCUAGAACCCUGGAUCACCCCACAGUUUUGCUAGCCCCCCUGGUCUGGUCAUCCCUGCCACAUCACUCUCUUAUCCCCUCUGUUCUAAAAUCCCAGCUUUCAAACUUUCCUCCUACCCAUAAUUUUGUUUAUGCCAGAUACGUGUCGAUUUGGCUUUUCUGUAUGUGGGCACGAAAGAGUUGCUGGAGGUGGCCCCUCUUGUUUCUCACUUGCCUCCAUUUGGCAAUAGGCGAAAUAAAUAUUUUCCUCUCGUUUUUUUAUUUUAUUUUUUUAACUCAUAGGAAAAACAGCACAAAAUUUGAGAGGAGAUGAGGCCUCAGGAGGGAAGAGAAAACGUCAGUUUGCACAAAUCUAAAUUUUAAGUACUCUCCUGAGUUUUUAAAUUGAUCUCUGCUUUUGAAAGCCACAUUUAUUUUUAAAAUGAGUAGUGAUGUGUCAGGUUUUUCGGGUUUGGUUCUCUUUCACCCACCCCAACUGCCCUUAGAAGAGAUAUCUCUCAGCUUUUUUGUUGUUCCAACUCAGACUUCUAGUUUUUGGUCAAACUGUUUUCUGACCCUUUUUUGUUUUAAAUGACAACAACUGGCACUUUAAUCAGUUCCCUGCAAGGAACUGUGGGGGAGAUGCAUGGAGUAGUUUUACAAUCUGUCUGCAUUUUCACAUCCAGCUCCUUGAUGGGGAAAUGAUGAAACCUCUCUCACUCGGGAGACUUAGAUGGCACCUAAUCUUAGAUGCUCCAGGCGAACGAAGCAGGUGUUUUGUCUGCCUGAGAGCGGCGCCAGCAGCUUCUGCCACCGAACAGAGUCUGGAUCAGCAUUUUCCACACAGAAGGAACCAAGGGAAAACAUACUGGGAGUUUCAUCUAUCUUGUCUGUAUUUGGAGAGUUUGAGGCAACUGUACUUCUUGGGUCCUGCCGUUUUAGCGCUGGAGUGGACACUGGGACUAAACACAUUUAUUUAUGCUGACGGUCAUGGGUAUUGUGUGUGUGGGAAGAUCUGCAUCAGUUCUGGGAGACGUGAUGCCAUGUGUGUCUCUAGCUGUCAAGGCUGAAUGAACUUUGACUAGGAGGGUUUAUAAAGGAGCCUGGUCUUUUCCCUGGUAACAUGGAGGGGAGGGGAAAAAACACUCUCCUGGGCGGUUUUGCUCUUGUAUACUCUGGCCUUGCAAGGAUGUUCAACAGUUUGACUGACACACAAUUGGUGGUUGCUGAAUUGCAGCAGCUGAAAAAGCCCUGCUAACUUUUUUUUUUUAAAACUGCGAAUUCCUCGAUGAUGCUUCGGACUGGAUGGGACCUUCUGAAGUGUGUGCCAUGCAGGGUAUGAAAACCCUCUUGAUAUUCUCUCUGUCCAAUCUAACCCCCCUCCAUGUUCCUUGAAGUUCCAAGUUUUUUUAUAUAUAUAUAUAAAUAUAUAUAUAAUUUUUAAUUAUGACGGUGUUUGAAAAUAGGACUCUUGGUCUCUCUUAUGCUUUUUGGAGCUGAUUAAAGUUCCCCGGAAGCUUUAAUGACAUUGUGUAGCAUUUCAAAUUGUGUUGUGAUGUUGGGGAAAGAAACGAAAAUAAAAUCAUGCUCCUUUUUUGCUUUUUGCUGUAUUUAAUUUGCUGUAUUAAUUUAGUGUAUUAUAUAGAUAAAUCUUCUGCCAACUGUUGUAUUUUCUGUGUAUUUUCUCCUUUUAUAAUUGGGAGUGGUGGGGGCGGCAAUGGGGGAGAAAUGGAAGAGUUCUCAACCACUGAGGGAAGAGUGUCAGAUGUGUAUCCACAGGAUUCUCAGGUGUGGCAAAUGUUGGAUGCCUAGGGUGCGACCCUGGAAAAUCUCCCCUUUGUUAGCCACAAGGAGAAAGGGAACAUAGGCAGUGGUGGCUGGUGACUCCACACCACUGGGUCAGUGGACAGCUCCAUGGAAGUUUAGACUAAAACCCGGAGCGGAUUCCACUGCCCCACUGAUGUAGAUCCACCACUGGACAUAGGUCAGUUUCCCUGCUUUUCUUAACCAGGGGGAACAUUUGAGGAAUUGCAUACUUGGAACAGUCACCUGGCUGUAGCCCCUCCCACCUUGUAAAGUAUGUGAUGUCAUUGGUCUGCACCAGGCUUGGUGUGCAGGAGAAGUCUCUGUAGCUCCACCAUUGAUAGGUCACAGUUGGGGGGUAGCUGUGGCAGCUACUGGGUUGGGCUGAUGUGAUCUCAGGCUUGCUUGACUGAGAAAUGGGCAGCUGAGUGGGCUUGUUCUGCUUGAGAUCAGGUUUUGCCCUUUAAUUUCUGACUGUUGUUAUUGCCAUCUUAUUGGUAGAGAUCUGAAUCUGGAUGAUCCUCACUGCACUGCUGGUGCUUCGCUGUAUUCCAACCCUGAAACUGAGUUGUCUGAUCUGAGAAUUCAGCUGCCUGUCAGUAUUUUGGAUUAGCUAGGUGGCUUUUUCCAAUGAAAGUUGCAGUGCUAAUACUCUGACCUCUGCCUUGGCGAUACUGGAACACAUUUUCUCAAAUUGGAAAAGCAGAUCCAGUGGGGAAGAAACUUGCACAUUGCUCAAGCCUCUCCAAAUUGGAGGUUGGCUUUUUCUCCAGUCGGCUGCUAAACCAAUUGGCUUGAAAAGAUCUUCUUUUUAAUGGAUGGGCAUGACACACAAUCUCUUGCAGAGUAAAAAGAUUCUUCUUCGGGCGUCCCACACACUUUUAAAUGGGUACAAUUUUCAGAAUUACUCUACAUGUCAAGGAAUCAAAUGGAAGUGCCCGUUCCCCUCCUUUCUUUCUCAAUUGCAUUUGUAUUUUGUUCCCCCAGCUGUAAAUAACAAUUUUCUAUUUUACUUUUUUUUGGUGGUAACUAUAUGGAGAUGAAUAUUUUAACUAGAUAAGUUAUAUGAAAGGAAGAAAAUUCUGUCUCAAUAAAAGCCAAAC